UCCAAGACGCAACCAAUGCGCUGAUUAUCGCGGACUCGGUGUUGAUGCGCAGCCGACGCUAAAUUGGAUUUUACUCAGCACUUUGCAUGGAGAAACUCUGAGGCUUGAAUCUACUGUUUUUCUGUCGUUUACCUCUGUUGGGAAGUAACUGAGAACUGGAAUGGAACUGAAUCUGUCGAAGAAUGUGAUUUCUUGCGGGGACCCAGGUGGGAUGAAUUUGGACAGAAUCGCAGAGGCAGUGAGAGCGCCGCCGUCCCGCGACGUGGCCCCCGCGUUUCACUUACCGAGAACUUCGAACAACAGUCGAGAAACGUUAGAGAACUCAAGCAGCGAGUCUUCAGACACAGAGUUGGCAGAAAAGGAGAGGAGUGCUGAACACAGGAGCGAUGACGGGAACACGGACGACCCGAAAAAGAAGAAGCAGCGGCGGCAGCGGACUCACUUCACCAGCCAGCAGCUACAGGAGCUGGAAGCCACUUUCCAGAGGAACCGGUACCCGGAUAUGAGCACCAGAGAGGAGAUCGCCGUGUGGACCAACUUGACUGAAGCUAGGGUCCGGGUGUGGUUCAAAAACCGUCGGGCCAAGUGGAGGAAGCGGGAGCGGAACCAGCAGAUGGACCUAUGCAAAAACAGCUACCUGCCGCAGUUCAGUGGCCUCAUGCAACCCUACGAUGACAUGUACCCGGCGUACACCUACAACAACUGGACCAACAAAGGCCUGACCCCAGCGCCGCUCUCCACCAAAAACUUCACCUUCUUCAACUCCAUGAGCCCGCUCACCUCACAGUCCAUGUUCUCUGCGCCCAACUCUAUCUCCUCCAUGACAAUGGCGUCUGGGAUGGGCCACUCCGCCGUGCCGGGCAUGCCCACCCCCGGCCUCAACAACAUCAGCAACCUGAACGGGAUCGGUACGUCCGGGAUCAACUCAGCCAUGUCAUCGUCGGCGUGUCCGUACGGGCCUCCCGGCUCUCCGUACAGUGUUUACCGGGACACUUGUAACUCCAGCCUGGCCACCCUCAGACUCAAAUCCAAACAGCAUCCCACUUUUGGAUACAGCGGCCUGCAGAGUCCCGGGUCGAGCCUGAAUGCUUGUCAAUACAACAGCUGACGGGCCAGAGCGGAAAUAAAAGUAGUAAUAAAUAUAUGUGAUAAACGGACAAGGUGUAAGAGCUUCUAGGCUACCUGCGGAUGGAAAAAGACAACUAAACUGGAUUAGUUGCAAUCAUUUUUUUUUUAAACAAAAAAUGGAUUAUGCGGGUUUUAUGUGUUUACCAAUGAACUUGCACAGCAAUUGAAAUGUCCAAGUUUUUGGAUUUUUUAAAAGAUGAAGACGUGUUACAUUGCUGCAUUGUACAUAUAAAAUGUAAAUAUAUACAGGCUUAACAUAUGACACAGACAAUGGGAUUCUCUUUUUUCUGCUUCACUGAUUUGAAGACUGCUCGACCAAAAAGAAAAACAAAGACUUGCAAAUAACGAACAGAAGUACUGUCGAAUAUUAUCACGAAACCAGACUCAAUGAGAUUCAGAAGAAAUCUAGUCUCUAACUGUACAUAUUUUGUAAUGUUCUUGUGUGCUAUGUACCGUCUAUGCAGGGUGCUUAGGGCCCGUUUCACUCCAAAUGACGCCUCCCGUUCAGUGACUUCUCCUUUCAAUGUUUUUCAUUUUGUUUGCUGAAAAGAAAAAAAAAAAAACACGCAUGUUUAACUUGAGUGCAACGUGUUUUGUACGAUAAUGUAAGACUUUGCCGAAGUUCAUUAAGCUUAAACUGUAUACAAAAAGGUAAUUCUUAUGUGUUUAUGGUAACAUGUUUGUUUGAAUAAACUCCAAAAAAAGA